AUGAGCAACCGCCGCGAGUCCAUCGAGUGGUUCUCGACGCUCCGGUCGUCUGUGGCCAUGUCCGAGUGUGAACUCCUCACGGACGUCUCGCUUGACGUGGGAACGUUGGACGAACUGCAUUCAAAUUUUGUGAAUGCGUCGCCACCGCGCCAAUCGCUUGCCGACUACGCCGCCGUGGGCAUUCACUCCGUGGGCAAUGGCACUCCCAUCAAGUCUGCCACUAAGCUGGCGACUCCAACUACGCAGCGAGCGCUUGGCAUGGGCUCACGCAACGUCCAUACUCUCUCAGCAACCAUGCCUGAGGUUUCGUCCACCACGGCUGCCGCCGUUGCCUUUGCCGCUGCUCUCCCGCUGGCUCUCGACACGCCUGCCGCCGGGGUUGCUGCUGUCACGGCUGAUCUCGCCUCCAUGGACGCGACUCCCAGCCGUGUGGCUCGCUCGCCGAUGUCGCGGCUUCGAUCGCCGUCGCGGUCGCCGUCGCGGUCGCCGGCCGAGUCGUCUGCGCUAUCCGACGAGGCUCCGCGGCACGGCGCACUCAACGUCUCGGCACUGAUGGUGACGACUGGAGCGGCACUACGGACAUUCCGCUGGCGGCAUUCAAGCCUUCAGCGGGCUCGCCAAGUGGCUGAGAAGGCCGACAAGCCGGCCGAUCCGCCGCUUGUCCGCUCGUACGAGCAGCUUGGCAUGGAGACUCCGGCACGCUUGGCGUCUGAGCGCGCCCAGGCGUCCAAGCUCCGUCGCCAGCGCGCCAUCGCCUUCCUCGACUCUCUCGAGGCCGAUCUAGCUGAUGAACUGGCUCGCGCUGAGGCUGACAUCCCCGAGACGCCGCUUGUCCCGCAGCGCCUGGUCUUCCCCACCCCCACGCCCGGCCAGCGUCCGUCGUCGCGCCCGUCGUCGGCCACGCUUCCUCGCCAGCGGACUCGCCAGCUGCAGCCUCCUAGGGCCCGCGCCGCUGCGGCUGCCUCGCGCUUUGCCACCACUCCUGCCCGCUCUUCACCAGUCAAGGCCUCACCCUCGCACGCUGCCUUCCGCGACGACCACGCCGCCACCGAUGCCGACACGUCGGCCGCCGCCGCGCCUCCGCCGCGUCGAUCGCGCCGCCGCCGUGCCCUCAAGGCUCCAACCGUCUUCCGCGACAAGUCCAAGUCCAAGUUUGCACAACCUACGUCCGCGUCCGAGCCAGAGCCCCGGUCCCAGCCUGCCCCUGAGGCCGAGGCCGAGCCCACGCCUGCCGCCGAGCCCACGCCUGUCGCCGAGCCCACGCCUGUCGCCGAGCCCACGCCUGCCGCCGAGCCCACGCCUGCCAGUAUGGACUACCAUGGUGAUGAUGAUCCGUAUGCUGCUGCUGGUGGUGGUGGUGCUGGUGGUGGUGCUGGUGCUGGUGAUGGAAUCGGUGCGGUGCCGAUGCUGGACCCGGACAACCCGCUGCUGGCAAGGGUGCAGGAGCAGCUGAAGAAGCAGCUGGCGGCUGCCGUGGCAAAGGUCCAGUACGACAUGGGCGAGAAGGAAGAAGAGCUGAGAAUGGCAAAGGAACGGAGGGAGGAACUGGGUGUCGAGCUGUACGGCGUCCAGCAGCAGCUGGCCAAGCUGCAGCUCUCGUCGGAGCUCACGCUUGAGAACGUCCAUACCAUGGCCGCGCUUCGAGAGGAGGCCGAGGCGCUCCGUGACGCCACCAAAGCCGAGUUUGAGCAGGACAAGGGCGAGGUUGCUGCGCUCUCGACCGAGCUCAAUGCCUUUACCAAGCAGCUCGACGCAGUUAACGCCAUGCUCGCCGAGAUUGACCUGUACAACGACGAGCUCAAGGCGAACAUUGCGGUGACGCGCCGGGCGACGUACAAGGCCGAGGAGGACAUCAAGUCACUGGAGAAGGAGAAGAUGCGGCAGGACUUGCAGAUUGAUGCCCUCAACGAGCAGCUCAAGCGGCUUCAGGACGAGGAGGCGCUGUACGAGGCGCAGCUGCUGUCGCAGUCUGAGGAAACUGCGGCGGCGACGGCGACGCUCGGCGAGGCAGCUGCUGAGAUGGAGGACAUUGCGCACGAGAAGAAGAGCCUUGUGUCGCAGUGGAAAGGCGCGCUGCUGCAGAUGUCGCGCCGUGACGAGGCGCUUGUCAAGCUGCAGGCCGAGCUCGACGAGCGGCGGCACGUGCUGCAGAACAUGGACAACGAGAUCUACGGCCUGCGCAAGUCGAUCCGCGAGGAGGCCGAGGUCAACGAGAAGCUGACGGGCAUCAAGCGCAAGGCCGAGAUCGAGCUCCGUUUCCUCUCGUCGGCGCUCGACGAGGUGCAGCAGAAGCAGGCCAAGGGCGUGGAGCAGUACAACGUGCUUGUGGCCUCGCUCGAGUCGACCGAGGCCGAGCUGAUGGAUGUCAACGCGUCGCGAGCCAAGCUCCUCACCGCCACCAAAGGACUCCGCCGCGAGGCCGACGCCAUUCUUCUGCAGCAGCACGAGUACGAGGACGCCAUGGAGGCGAACGCGACUCAGCAGGUCACGCUGUCCAAGGGCGCCAAGGCGACCGCCAAGGCGACCAAGAAGGUCACCGCCCAGCUCCGCGAGCUCGAGCGCGAGCAGAUCAAAAACGAGAACGAGCUCGCCCGCAUCCGCAUGGACAUUCUCAACACCGAGGACCACAACCGCCGGCUCGACGAGACGCUCUCUGGCCUCCUCGCCGAAAUGCGCGAGCUCGAGGGCCUCAUCGACAACUACGAGGUGGAGAUCCGCCGCCGCAACGACUCGAUCCAGAAGAAGCAGUCCGAGGUCGACCGCCUCAACAAGCUCUACGACUCACUUGCAUCGCGCAUGGUGGACGAAAACACCGGGCCGCUCGAGGCCACCAUCCACAACCUGUCCAAGGCCAUCUCGGCCGCCACUGCUGACUGCACAUCGCUGCAGAACUACUGGCUUCGUCAGCAGCGCUCGCUCGUGAACCACGAGAAGGACGCCGCCGACCAGGCGACCAUGAUCACCGAGCUCCGCGCCCAGCUCACGGUCCUCCAGCAGAAGAAACUGCGCCUCGACUCGCUCGCCGCCGGACACAACGCCGAGUGCGCCGAGUACGAGAAGGCUGUCCGCGCUGCCCAGCGCCAGCUCGCCGUCCUUAACGAGAAGAUCGCCGACAACGAGGCGGCGCAGGCCCGCCUCGCCGAGGCCAACCUCACCCAGGAGAACGAGUUUGUCCGCAAGCUGCAGGAUGCUGAAAAAGUUGCCGUCUCGCUCGAAAUCGAGGUCGACGAGCUCCUCUCCGAAAAGAAGUUCCUCCUCUCGGAUGUCAUCGAGGCCGAGCGCCAGAUCAUGCUGUGGGAGAAGAAGAUCCAGCUCGCUCGAGAGACGCAGGAAGCGCUCGACCCCGAGGUCGGUGCCAACGAGGUCAAGGCCAUGAAGAAGGAGAUCCACCGCAUGAAGCUCCGCCACGCCUCGCUCCUCCGCCACCAGGAGAAGAUGGUGCAAGACAUGGAAAAGGCCAUUGUCCGCCGCGAGCACAUCUGGGCCCGCGGACGCGCCGUCCAGAAGAAGGCCGCCUCCACCCGCGACCGCGGUGCCGCCGCAAAGGCUGCCGUCGCCACCCGCGCCUCCAUCCAAAAGGCUCUCGCCACCCUCGACGCCAAGAUCAAGGCUGCCACCGCAGACCUGGAGGCCUCGGACGCCGAGCUCCACGCACUUGCGCAGUCGCAGGACGCCACCCUUGGCGCCAUCGAGGAGACCCAGGCAGCCGUCGCCGACCUCACCGUUGCCGCCGAUGACCUCGCGGCCCGCCGCCUUGGCCUCGCCUUUACCCGCGACCGCAACAUCCUCAACCUCGCCCGCCUUCAGCGGCUCACCAAGCGCUACACUGCCGUAGCUCAUGGCAAGUACCGCCUCUCCGCGGCGGCGUCCGCCGCCCCGGCCGCUCUUGACGACGCCAUCGCCACAGAGCACGCCAAGCGUGACUCGCUCGCCUCGGUCCUUGCCAAGGCCCGCGACCUGCUCGUCGACAGGCGCGAGCACGCCCGCCCGCGCCCGCCGCACCAGCCUCGCCCCGCUCCCGACGCAGACUUUGCCGAUCCCGACGCCGCCGUCACCGACUCGUCCGCCGACUCGACUCUUAUUCUCGCCUACGUCGAGCACCUCAUUGAGUCGACAAAGUGGUGA